GGAACUAAAAAUUGGUUCAUUUAGGGUGGUAUGAGCAAAGAACUUGAACCAUUUCAUUGUCUUUCUCAGAUAUUUCUGCAUAAGUCUGCUAUGCAGCAUCAUGCCCGGGAGGUCCAUAGUGGUGACGUCAAGCCCCACCAGUGUCAGAAUUGUCUGAAGACAUUCUCAUCAAACCAUCAGCUGACCCAACAUCUCCGUGUCCACACGGGUGAGAAGCCAUACAAGUGUUCAUACUGUGACCGUCGCUUCAAGCAGCUUUCUCAUGUUCAGCAGCAUACCAGGCUUCAUACGGGUGAACGACCUUACAAGUGCCACAUCCAAGAAUGUGGACGUGCUUUCAUUCAGCUAUCUAACUUACAGCAACAUUUGAGAAAUCAUGACAACCAAAUGGAACGAUCAAAAAACAGGCCAUUUAACUGCAACAUUUGUGGGAAGGGAUUUGCUUCAGAAAGCAGUUUAAGAACACACCGAUUAAAAUAACAUGCAUCCUUGCUUGGAGGAUCAAGCUCACAGUCUUGUCCUGUUUGUCAUAAGAUCUGUGUGAAUGGAGAAGCCCUCAUGGAGCACAUGCGAGUCACUCACAAGGACCCAAAUGCUUCAGGGACUCCAAAUAAACGUCGAACUACUAGCUAUCCCUGCCCUAUCUGUGGUAAGAGCUAUGUUAAUGAAGGAUCACUACGAAAGCAUAUCUCCAGUCAUCCAGAGUCAACGUCAACCAAUUCAACUCUUCGUGUUUGGCCCUGUUCUGUAUGUCAAAGUGUGUUUACACAAGAGAAUGGUCUACUUCAUCAUAUGGAACAAAUGCGGAUGGAUCCAAAGCACCAGUUUGCUGCUCAGUAUGUGUUAAGUCGAGCAGCGGCUGAGAGAAGAGAGAAGGAAGCUGGCAGCACCCCUUUGACCGAAACCAACAGUGGAAGCUCUAGCAAUUCACUUAAUGCUAUGGGAGGACCCCCCCUACUUUCUCCAAAUAACAAUGGUAACCAUAACAACAUGGGAACAGUGCCCCGUUCGGGAAGAAAUGAUUGUUCAGGCCCUAACCCUGCCCCUGCUCACACCCCAGCUCCUUCUUCCUUGUCACCUAGAUCAUUCAUACAGCACAUGGGUAUAGGAGGAUUGAACACACAGCAACAUUUACAGUAACUGUAGUCUGUAGAUAUUAGUGUUUAUAAUUUCCUUAUUCUUACCUGCUCUUAUUUGUUACACUGGUGAACUUUUUUUAAAUCACCUGUUUUUACCAGUGGAAUUUCUGUUGAUAUGGGGGCUUUUUAAUGGAAGCAAUAUGGGCCAAAGCAGAUUUCAAAGGGUUUUUAAUGCCAUUUUGUAGUAGUUUUUAGGCUAAUGUAGAUAGAAUCGUGUUCUCCUUAUACACUAGUUAUUAUUGUAUAUGUGUCAACUGUGAUAGUGCUAAACUGCAGCUAAGUUAAAGCAUUCUCAAUGUUGUAGCCCCCCUCUUUUUUUUUUUUCACUUUAGCACCAGUGGAAACAUUGUUGAAGCAUAGCUGUAUAUUGUGUGUUGUUUUUGUAUUCAAAGUGCUACAGCACUCUAAAAAAAAAAACCUUAAUGUUACCAGUGUUACACUUCAUUGUACUAUUAUACACAUACACACAAACAUGUAUGUGUUUGCUUCGAAAUAUGUGAAAAAAAAAAAAUUCUGUCUUCUACGAAAUGACACCCAUAAUGGUGUAUGACAUGUACCUAGGAAGUUUUUGUAAUUAUUAUAAACCAUGUAGAGAUUUAGAAAAAAAAACAACAUGUUGUAUCUCUGAGUGAGUUAAAAACCUCCCCCCUCCCUGGGUAUUAAAGUAAAGUCAGUAACCCAAAUUUAGUUUUUUUACUUAUCUUGUAUUUUUUUUUUGUGAAUGUUAUUAUUAAAACUGGAAAUG